AGUAGACUCAUGACGAAAUAACAAGACGUCAUCGUCAUGUGCGACCAUUUAUUAUGUUGGAAACAACGGCUGGCCAUAUUGGAGCCUGUUUCUGGGUCAUAUUAUAGCUCAAAGUAAGAGGCGUCCGUCUCGUAAAAAUACCUACAAACGUGCAGCGGCAGUAGUAGUUGCUGUUAUUAUUUUGGAAAUAAGAUUAAAAUAGUUGGGAGUCAUGUUGGCCCAAUUGGUGUACCAGGAAUUUCUCUCAAAAACAAAACCAUGGUUUAUAUGGUUAUACACAUCAUUGCGGUCGAAUUCGCAACAGGUUCGCGUCCGUCUUCUCCCCAAUCCUCGCUGUUUCUUCGACGAACCGGUGCACGUCAAGGUAGAUGGACUGUCUCCGCACCAGAAAGUGGAAUUGAGGUCCAAACUCAGGGACGAUAAAGGGAUCAUCUUCAAAGCUUCCGCUUUGUACUCCGCAGAUUCUACAGGACAGGUAGACCUGUGUCUCUCCCCCUCUCUGGGUGGAAGUUAUACAGGAGUUGAACCCAUGGGCUUGUUUUGGGCAAUGACGCCCGAGACUCCACACCGCAAACUAUUGAAAAAGAAUGUGUUGAGUUCAAUGAUGGUUGAUAUAGACGCGCUGCACGAGGACACAGGUGAGAUCUUGGCAACAGAGACUAUCGAGAGGCAGUUCAUGACGGAAGGGCUGAGGAGGAUACCGUUGGGCAUGAACAAUGGGAGAAUUCGGGGGACCCUCUUUCUACCACCAGGGCCAGGUCCAUUUCCUGGUGUCCUGGAUAUGUAUGUUCUGGGUGGAGGUGUAUCUGAGGUCCGGGCCAGUCUGCUGGCUAACAAAGGCUUUGUGGUUCUGGCGCUGGGCUACUCUGGCUUCCAGGACCUGCCCAAAACCUUACCCAAAUACUUUGACCUGGAAUACUUUGAAGAGGCCAUCACAUUCCUGAGGAGACAGCCACAGGUCCAGGGUCCAGAAAUAGGAAUCCUGUCCAUCUCUAAGAGUGGCGACCUGGCUCUAUCAAUGGCCUCUUUUCUCUCUGGCAUCUCAGCCACAGUCUGGAUCAACGGCUGCAAUGCUAAUGUCAUGACGCCACUGCACUACAAAGACCUCGUCAUCCCUCCCCUCUUGCCUAUCCUAGAGAACAUCACCCUCACACCGUCCGGCCUUCUCGAUGUCCGAGACACCGUACCAGAUCAGAUAACAGAAAGGACCCGCGGUUCCGUGAUCCCGAUAGAACGAUCCGGUUCUAGGUUCCUUUUUGUUGUCUCCGAGGACGACAGGAACUGGAACAGCUGUCUCUUUGCCCAGAAGGCCGCCGCCCAGCUGAGGCAUCAUGGGAAAGAUAACUUUGAGGUGGUGAGGUACCCCAGGGCGGGUCAUUUCCUGGAGGUGCCCUACAUGCCCCACAGCCCGUCUGGCUUCCACUCUGGGGUGGGUAAAGUGGUGGUGUUUGGGGGGGAAGCUAAAGCCCACCAUGAGGCUCAGCUGGACCUGUGGAGGAGGGUCCCGGAGUUCUUCAGGACACAUCUUAAGCACAACAGCAACACUGUCCAGAAAGCCAGGCUGUAACACUAAGAGAAUGGCUGCUUUCCUGGUUGACUACUUUGCAGACUCCUGCCAGAUCUCAAUGUGUGGAUAGGUGUUUAACAUAUCAGCCUACCACAUCAUAUGAUAUCUGAUGUCUUACAGUGCAGUCAAUGAAGUGGCACAUAACCAUUGCUUAAUGCAAUGCAAUGCCUGCAAUGUAGUCAGCCUGGAACGCAACUAAAUGAUCCAAUUGGAGACAAGUAUCAUGAAUAAGCCUGUGAGUGUGCUGCUGUACUUUAUUUAACUGGAUUCUGUUAACAAUAACUUUGAUAUAUUAUAUACAGUACCAAUCAUCUGUUUGUACACACCUACUACUCAUUCCAGGGUUUUUCUUUAUUUGUACUAUUUUCUACAUUGUCGAAUAAUAGUGAAGACGACAUCAAAACUAUGAAAUAACACAUAUGGAAUCAUGUAGUAACCAAAUCAAAAUAUAUUUGCCUUUGCCUUGAUGACAGCUUUGCAUGCUCUUUGCAUUCUCUCAGCCAGCUUCCUGAGGUAGUUACCUGGAAUGCAUUUCAAUUAACAGGUGUGCCUUGUUAAAAGUUCAUUUGUGGAAUUUCUUUCCUUAAUACCAAUCAGUUGUGUUGUGACAAGGUAGGGGUGGUAUAUAGAAGAUAGCCCUAUUUGGUAAAAUACCAAGUCUAUAUUAUGGCAAGAACAGCUCAAAUAAGCAAAGAGAAAUUACACUCCAUCAUUACUUUCAAGAACCAUCAAGUGCUAUGGUGAAACUGUCUCUCAUGAGGACUGCCACAGGAAAGGAAGCCUCUGCUGCAGAUGAUAAGGUCAUUAGAGUUAACUGCACCUCAGAAAUUGCAGCCCAAAUAAUAAUUGCAGCCCAAAUAAAUGCUUCACAGAGUUCAAGUAACAGACACAUUUCAAAAUCAACUUUUCAGAGUAGACUGUGUGAAUCAGGCCUUCAUUGUCGAAUUGCUGCAAAGAAACCACUACUAAAGGACAGAAGAAGAGCAAUGGACAUUAGACUGUUGAAAAUCUAUCCUUUGGUCUGAUGAGUCCAAAUUUGAGAUUUUUGGUUCCAACUGCUGGGUCUUUGUAAGACGCAGAGUAGGUGGACGGAUGAUCUCCGCAUGUGUAGUUCCCACCGUGAAGCAUGGAGGUGUGAUGGUGUGUGAGGGUGCUUUGCUGGUGACACUGAUUUAUUUAGAAUUCAAGGCAUACUUAACCAGCAUGGCUACCACAGCAUUCUGCAGCGAUACGCCAUCCUAUCUGGUUUGUGCUUAGUGGGACUAUAUUUGUUUUUCAACAGGACAAUGACCCAACACACCUCCAGGCUGGGUAGGGGCUAUUUGACCAAAAAGGAGAGUGAUGGAGUGCUGCAUCCGAUGACCUGGCCUCCACAAUCACCCGACCUCAACCCAAUGAGUCAGGCUGCAGAGUAAAGGAAAAGCAGCCAGCAAGUGCUCAGCGUAUGUGGGAACUCUUUCAAGACUGUUGGAAAAGCAUUCCAGGUGAUGCUGGUUGAGAGAAUGCCUAGAGUGUGCAAAGCUGUCAUCAAGGCUAAGGGUGGCUAUUUGAAGAAUCUCAAAUAUACCAUUUAUUUUGAUUUGUUUAACACUUUUUUUUGGGAUACUACAUGAUUCCGUAAGUGUUAUUUCAUAGUUUUGAUGUCUUCACUAUUAUUCUACAAUGUAGAAAAUAGUAAAAAUGAAGAAAAACCCUUGAAUGAUUAGGUGUUCUAAAACCUUUGACUGGCAGUGUAUAUCCAGUGGUGAUUUUAGCAUGUAACUCUUGGUGGGGCAAAAAAAAAAAGUGGGAUGCAUGCCAGCAAAGCCACAACACUAAACAAUACAUUAAUUGCACUGUAACGGUGACAAACGGUGGCCCCACAAACUGUUAGGGCCAACAGCAGUCCCAGCACCUUACCACUGCUACACCUGGCUAUCAGCAUAGCCAUGUCUGGCAGUGAAACAGUUCAUUCAGCCUCAUUUACUGCCUUAAAAAACAAACCAACAGCUGAUAUGGCUGACUUGCUUAAAUAAAUGUGGUUUCUACUGACAAUUGAGAUGUACAAACUAUGGCAUAAGGGGAUGCAGUUAAACUGAGUUUAACUGUAUUUGGCUAAGGUGUAAGUAAAAUACUUAUUUUCCACCAUAAAUUUGCAAAUAAAUUCAUUAAAAAUCCUACAA